AUGGCGCUUAUGCAAUCCUCGGCGAUGUACCUACGUAACUUCGACAAUGUCAAGCAAGCUGCUGCCGGGUCGAACGAGGGAGCGAAAGACGGGCUGCAGGAAUCGCAGCAGGGGAUUGAGGAUAUUGCGGGGACCUGGGGAAUGGUGUUUAUGGUGUUGUGUGAUCUUGUGGAUGAUCACCCACUCUCCCACUGGUACAUGGAAGGGCCGUUUUGCGGGGCGUUCUACCCUUCUGCCUCAUCUUCCUCUGCGCCCUUUAUCCUCCUGGCAUUCAAGGGGACGACACCAAGCAACGUAAAGGAAUGGCUCGUGGACCUGGACUUUACGGCCGCUGCCUUCGUCUCGUCAGCAGGGCAACAACCAGACGUAUGCUUCGGGGCUCCUGUGAGUCAAGGUGUCUCUCAAGCCCUGUUCGACCGGUACGACAUCUCGACAAAGAAGGCUCCUUUUGACUUGAUCGUUGAGGGUUUGACGGAGUUGGCCGGUGUGCUCGGAGGGGCAAAUGGGAAUCCGGUACCGAUUUACGUUACGGGUCAUUCCCUAGGCGCCUCUUACGCGACGAUCUUCUAUGCUGAGGCACUGCGCCGAUCCACAAGCGAGUAUCCUUUUGUCCUAGUCGACCUACACACGUUUGGCUCUCCCCGUGUCGGGCUCUCCCAGUUCGGUCUCUCUCUCCGCUCCCUCGUGGCAUCACGCAACGUCCACACGUGGAGAAUAGCCAACACCGGGGAUUUGGUAACAUCCGUCCCGCCCGUGGUUAACGACGCCGGGCAGGAGCUCGAGCAUGUGGAUUGUGGCUUGCGGGUAGAGAAAGGCAAGCCUAGUACGAAACUUGAGAGCGAGCUGGGGAAGGGUGCUCAAUGGUGCGCGACGGGAGACGUCAUCGGCCAUGAUAGGUGGUCAGUUUUGCUGAUAUGA